GAAGGUUGGUCUCAAUCUCUGCUAAGAGGCUACUUUAGUCCCCCAACAUAAGCACAUUCACAGAUGUCUCUGCACGCGCAGACCCGUGUCACCCGUAACGACAGAGAAGCCCACUUCUGAGUGAACCAACGAGCCGCGGACAGACAGAAACAGAGGGGAUGCAGAGGGAUACAAAGAGAUGGAGAAUGGAUAAGUGAGGGAGGCAGAGCAAAAAAAAAAAAAAGAAGAAGCAAAGACCCACGGAGCAAAAACAAAUACAUCGCUGCCACUCUGACGUCUCCCCCUCAUGCGCCUGUUUCGGCUUGUGUGAGCGCUAGAAGAGGAGAGAGAGAGGAAGGGAGGAAAAUAAAAUCCCGGGAGCUUGUGUCCUCUUUGCUUUAUAUUCCCUCGUUUUUUCAUCUCCAUCUUUCGAGGCAUGACGGCGGGUGUCAGCUGGCACGGCAGAAUAAAAGAAAGGGAUGCUUUGACUGCUGCCUCUCUUUCGAGAAGGGACGAGGAGGAAGGGGGGGACAACACACAGCAGGGACAAAAACAGGAUUUCUAGAAUGAAUGGGAGUCCUUCUGCCGCAUGCGCUGGGAAUAGCAGCCUCACACUGAAGUCUCUGAAUGAGCUCAGUCCAGCAGUGUUGUGUAAGCUGCUUCUCUGGACCUCUGCAAACAGCUGUUGCAAAAUAAGAAGAAACACCAGGAGACCAGCCCUGAAGACGUGAAACUGUUGGGAGAGUUUUAAUAGCGCCGGUGACACAGCUUCCCACUGCGUUUCACCACCUGCAAAGACAUCUCUGCUCUCCAGACAGCACCAAUAAAGGCAGGCUUGAGACAAAGAGUUUUGGCAGUAUCCUACGACACAAGGAGGAGAGAAAUACACUGGAGGAGGGGUCUAUGCUUGCUGCAGACAGGCAAAGCACUGCUUGUCUGGUCUCAGUUUUGCCUGUCUGCUUGAGUAGACACGGCAGAGGAAGAGGAAAUGAUUGGCUGAAGUGUCAUGGAGGACAUCACCACUACGUAGCUUGUCCAGAAUGCAGUGUGGCCUUCCCAGCUGUGCACCACUAGUGGUGCCAUGAUCCAGUUAUAACUGUGGGUAAUGCCGAGCCAAAUAACCAAUCCUGGAGAUGCCGAAGAGAAGAGAUAUUCUUGCCAUUGUGUUGAUCGUGUUACCCUGGACUCUGCUCAUCACUGUUUGGCACCAAAGCGCUAUAGCUCCACUCCUCGCCAUCCGCAAGGCCUGUCACCACCUAGUAAAAGAGAUCUUUAUCAUUCCAGAGAGGCUUGCAGUUCGCCACCACCGGCUCUCAGAUGAUGGUGUCGAGGGCAAGAGGGAGGCUGGUGGCCAGGCGCAAGACUCCAAAGAAUACUGUGCCUCAGAUAAGGACAUUGUGGAGGUGGUGAGGACAGAGUAUGUGUAUACGCGGCCUCCUCCCUGGUCCGAUGUGCUGCCUACCAUCCACAUCAUCACCCCCACAUACAGUCGACCGGUACAGAAGGCGGAGCUUACACGGCUGGCAAACACCUUUCUCCAUGUUCCCAACCUGCACUGGAUCCUGGUGGAGGACUCCCAAAGGAGAACGCCUCUUGUCACAAGGCUCCUCAGAGAAACAGGGCUUAACUACACACAUCUCAAUGUUGAGACGCCCAGGAACUAUAAACUGCGGGGUGACACUCGGGACCCCAGAAUCCCCAGGGGGACCAUGCAGAGGAAUCUUGCCCUGCGGUGGCUGAGGGAGACCUUCAAUGCCAACAGCAGCCAAGCUGGAAUUGUAUACUUUGCAGACGACGACAACACAUAUAGCCUGGAGCUGUUUGAGGAGAUGAGAUCAACUCGGAAAGUUUCAGUGUGGCCUGUGGCCUUUGUGGGCGGCUUGCGAUACGAGUCCCCCAAGGUAAAUGCAGCUGGAAAGGUCUAUGGCUGGAAGACAGUGUUUGACCCCCAUCGGCCCUUUGCCAUCGACAUGGCUGGCUUUGCCAUCAACCUGAAGCUCAUUCUCUUCAAGCCGCAAGCAUACUUUAAGCUUCGUGGGGUGAAAGGAGGCUACCAGGAGAGUAGUUUGCUCCGGGAACUUGUCACACUCAACGACCUGGAACCUAAAGCAGCCAAUUGCACUAAGAUACUCGUUUGGCACACCAGAACGGAGAAACCUGUCCUUGUAAACGAAGGAAAAAAAGGAUUCACAGACCCCAAUGUGGAGAUUUGACCAUGUACCCUUAGACCACGGUGUUUGGCCUUGGACCUGCGGAGGAAGGAAACGGCUGAGUCUCUUGAUAAGUGCAACCGGCGCUCAUGUCUUAAUCAUCAGGAAAAAAAAAGAAAUAGCGGCCUUUUGAAGGGGGAUUUAAUCCUCUUGACUGAAUCUGACAUUUUUUAAUGGACUUAAACAGUACAAAUGUACCAUAUUAAAGCACAGAUUAAUAAGAGAGCAGCCGUUAUUUGUCAGGUUCUGCGACUGAAGUGCAGAGGAGCCGAAGUAAAGGACGCCUUGCAGGGUCGGCGUGGAGAGACGUGACCUGCACCUUCAUGGUACAACGCCCUGCUGAGGUCAACUUAACAAAAGAGACAGCACAAUUAUGACAAGCAUACAGGCAGCGGAGUCAACUAAACAAGCCGGUUCAAGGAUAUCCUUCACCUCAAAAUAAAUGAGGAAAUAUAACACACAUUGUCUGGAUCUGCACAUGGUUCGAAAGAGAAUUUUCAGUUGGAUUUAAAGACACAGACUACAUCAUUAGCCUGGACAAAAACAAGACUCCAAGGACAAAUAUGUCUGUUUGGAAUUUCCUUUGAACAAACAUACUGUAGCAAGGGAAGGAAUGCUCUUUUGAUAAAGAUAUGUUUGUUUUAAUUUAAUUGGUUUGCGUUUUCUCACGAACACGUGUCUUGCUUGUUCAAUACUACUGACUCUUACCUACAUUUACUGUUGUGUUGUCAUUGUUCUUUUUAUGGUUUCAUUAUAACUCAUCCAUUUUAGCCACCCCGGUACACUGCUAGUUGAAAAUUACCCCUUCUUGUGCUUGGGAGCUGAAAGGUACACAUAAACAUGAAAAACACUUUUUAGCACUUAAGAAACACACAAAUAAUGUUCCGUUGUGGCAAGAUGUGUAAAUAGUAAUUUAACACGAGAACAAUCAGAGGAUUGUUGACAAAUUUGGACUAAAGCAUUGUUAUUACUGUAUUUAUAUGUAAAAAAAAAACAACAACAAAAAAACAACAACAAAGUCUCUUCUCUUUUCCCCCUGGUGAAUUCCUCAUGUCACAUGAUGGGGCACAGGUUCAACACGUGGAAAGAGUAAUAGCACAUCAUCAAUUUCAUUUGAUAAUAGAAACACUGGUUUGUGACACAUUCAUAAAGCAUAGCCAAGAAAUUCAAAUCAUCUAUACGGUACACUCAUGAAUUCUGACCUAUCUGACAUUGUGGGGGGAAAAGUGUUACUUUACAGAACUGAUAUUUCCCCAUUGUCUAUGCACGAUGUGUACUGGUUAACAAGGGUCUGCUGUGUGCAAGUACAAAAAAAUAGCAGGAUUAAACAGCAUCAAAGCCUGAGAAUAUGUUUGUUACUGGGUUUGUCAGUCCUUCUCCAAAAAGCUGUGAUGUGAAGAAGACAGAAUUCCACAAAAUAAAAGCAUUGAUGCUCAGGUUCCAUCUGCUGACUUUUACUGCAGCUCACCUUCAAACAGCUGGUGUAAGUUAUGGAAGGUAGAUUCAGAUAAAUUAUGCAUGGCCCCAAAAAUAUUUUGGGGUAAAAUGAGAGAAUACACACUACUCUCAAUUGACAGCAGGCUAAAGAAAAGCACAACAA